AUGCUGGCGCAGAUUGGCUGGAAGGUCGUUUCUGUGGACCGCGUUGUGGUGGGCGUUGUGGGGUUGCUUUUGGGGUUGUCCCUCAUCUACGCCCUCUACAACCGCUUCCUGCACCCCCUCCGACGCAUCCCCGGCCCGAUCCUCGCCUCGCUGACCCCGUGGGUGCAACUGUACCACGGCCUCCAAGGCGACCGACACCUGUGGCUACACGCCCUGCACCAGCAAUACGGGUCGCACGUGCGGGUGGCCCCGAAUUUCGUCUCCGUCAACACCGCCCAAGGCCUGCACGACAUCUACGGCCACGGCAAGCGGCUCCAGAAGGCCGACUUCUACAAUGCCUUCCCCGCUAUCAAGGGCGUGUACAACACCCACAACGCCAUCGACAAGGUGAUGCACGGGCGGAAGCGUCGCGUGCUGAGCCAGGCUUUCUCGGACCAUGCGCUGAAGAGCAUGGAGGACGUGAUGCUGUUGCAUGUCCGGCAGCUGUGUGCGGGGCUCGGGCGUCUGCAGCAGAAGACCCCCGUCGCGCAGGAUAUGGGCCGGUGGUUUAGUUACUUGACCUAUGAUGUGAUGGGCGAGUUGUGUUUCGGGAAAAGCUUCGAUAUGUUGAUCGAGAGUAGUCGGAGACGGUUGAUUGAGUUGGUCGAUCGCGCCGCGAAUAGGCAUUAUGUGUGCGGACUCUGGAUGCCGCUCGACCGAUGGCACCUGGACCAAAUGUUCAUCCACCGUCUCACCAACGACCGGUGGAACUUCAUCAUGAACUCGCGGGUGGAAGCGAACAAACGGGCGCAGGAGCGCACGCUGGCCGGCCACGACUCCAAACGGGACUUCUUCUACUACCUGCUGAACGCGCGCGACCCCGAAACCGGCCAGGGGCUGACGACGCCGGAGCUCUGGGGCGAGGCCAACGUGCUGAUGAUCGCGGGCAGCGACACGACGUCGACGACGCUGGCGGCCACGGUGUUCUACCUGGUGCGCAACCCGCGGGCGAUGGCGCACCUGACGCAGGAGAUCCGGUCGAGCUUCGCGUCGGUCGAGGAGAUCGUCACGGGCCCGAAGCUGAACGAGCUGGUGUAUCUGAAGGCGUGCCUGGACGAGGCGCUGCGGCUGGCGCCCGCCGUGCCGGGGGCCCCGCCGCGCGAGGUGAUGGACGGCGGCGCGCUGGUCGACGGGGUUUUUCUCCCCGGCGGCACGGACUGCGGCACCCCAACUUACUCCAUCCACCGCCAGCCGGACUACUACCGUUUCCCCGCCGCGUAUCUCCCCGAGCGCUGGAUCGAGGGCGCCGUCUGCCACUCCGGCUCGGAGAAGUGGGAGACCACCCGGGACGCGGUCGAGCUGGCGCGCAGGGCCUUCUGUCCGUUCAGCAUCGGGCCCCGCGGCUGCAUCGGCAAGAGCAUGGCCUUCAUGGAGAUGCGGCUGACGAUCGCGCGUCUGCUGUUCCUGUUUGACGUGACGCUGGCGGAUCGUCGCGGGGAGGACGCCAACGGGCAUCUGGCCUUGGUGGACCAUUUCACCAGUUCCAAGGAGGGCCCCAAUGUGUUGGUGGUGCCGAGGAGUGCAUAA